AUGGCCAACGAACAGCUCCCAAAGCAGACAGAGAGCUCUUAUCCUUUUAAGGCUCCUCAGCCAGGCAUACCUCAAUUCGGCCAGCCCACACUCCCGCAAUCGCCACUCAAUCGAGCUCCAGCUAGGGAAUCAUCAAGUGUGUUUAUUCAGCCCAAGUCUCGACCUGAGCAUCACAGGGAUGGCGAGAAGUCCGCAUAUCCCCAUCUGCAAGCCUUUAAAGAUGCCUCCCGCAAAGUAAUCGACCCCUUCGUGCCAAAGGCUCCCGCUUCGUACCAGACAAACUAUGCUGGCCAUAAUUCUGUCCCAGUUCGAGCACCGGGCCCGCAAAUCCCCUCUUAUACCACAACCAAAGCUGCACCUCCUCAAACUUUUGGCUCUAUGGGAGGAACAUAUGGAGGGUUUCAAUCGAUUAAUAGUAGCAACUAUGUCGAUCUUACCAUGAAUAACUACCGCGAAACAUAUGUCCCCCCCGGACCAUACACUUUUGUCGACCCGAAAAAGGCAGAAGAGGAUCUGAAAGCCCUAUUGGAGGGAGUUAUCGAGGACGAAGAUGACAUGCCUAGAACCAGAUUACGGAAGAAGAGAAAGGAUUUGGGAUUCGACAGUCUAAUGGACAAUUUGAAGGGCUUGAGCGUAGAUGAAGAGAAAUUCGACGUCGCUUCUGAGGACGAGGACGAAGACGAAGAUGAUGGCACUGUUGAGGGAGUCAAGGUCAAGCUGCUUCCACAUCAAGUUGAAGGUCUUGAAUGGAUGACAGGCAGAGAACUUGGCACCGGGAAAAAAGGCAAGGUCCCCAAGGGCGGAAUCUUGGCCGACGAUAUGGGGCUUGGAAAGACUCUGCAAUCCAUAUCUCUCAUCCUUACCAACCCCAAACCCACAGAGGAUGCCAUCAUCACAAAGCGAAAGCUUCCCUCCGGCUUGGAGAAAACCACACUGGUGGUUGCCCCUUUGGCUCUUAUUCGACAGUGGGAAUUAGAGAUCAAGGAGAAAGUCGAACCCUCUCAUGCUCUUCGCGUUUGUGUUCACCACGGACCACAACGCACAAAACGCUUCCAAGACUUGAAGAGGUACGAUGUGGUAAUCACCACUUACCAAAUCCUAGUUUCAGAAUUUGGAAAUUCUUCCACAGAGGCAGAUGGACUCAAGGUUGGAUGUUUUGGUCUUCAUUGGUAUCGAGUCAUUCUCGACGAAGCCCACACCAUCAAGAACCGCAAUGCCAAGGCUACGCAAGCUUGUUAUGCUCUGCGGAGUGAGUAUCGGUGGUGCUUGACCGGUACACCGAUGCAGAACAACUUGGAGGAAUUGCAGAGUCUCAUCAAGUUCUUGCGGAUCAAGCCUUACGAUGACUUGAAAGAGUGGAAGGAUCAAAUCGACCGACCUAUGAAGAAUGGCAGAGGUGACGUUGCUAUUAAACGCCUUCGUGCUUUUCUGAAUAUUUGUAUGAAACGCCGAACAAAGGAAAUCUUGAAGAAGGAAGGCGCCUUGAAUCCUGGUGGAAAGCCAUCCGUUCUUGGAGAAGCUAGCACCACAGGCUUCAAAGUCACGGAACGCAAGAUUGAAAAAGUCUUUGCAGAAUUCUCACCGGAGGAGCGCCACUUUUACGAGCGCCUGGAGCAACGUACUGAUGCGAGCAUCGAGCAGAUGAUGAGCGGCAAGGUCAAUUAUGCAAGUGCUUUAGUUCUGCUGUUACGUCUCAGACAAGCUUGCAAUCACCCAAAACUUGUUGCGGGCAAGCUGGCCAAGGAUAGCGAGGUUCUUGCAGGUGACACAAAAGUUACUGUGACUGGGAAGUCGAAGACUGCAAAUGCAGAGAUUGAUGAAAUGGCCGAAAUGUUUGGUGCCUUGGGGGUUGGUGCUAAGAAAUGCGAGGUCUGCCAACUGGAUCUCGUCAAGGACGCUAUUGCACAAGGUGCCAUCCGUUGCUUGGACUGCGAGGCAGAUCUGGCAGAAAUCACAGGGAAUCGCAAGUCCAAGAAAGACAAGAAGAAGCGGAAACACCACCGUGAGAUCAAAUCCGAGUCUCAGACCAUAGUCCGAAAACCGAGAAAUCGAGCUAUCAUUCAAGACAGCGAUGAUGAAGAUGAGGACGCGGAGGGAUCCUGGGUUGUGCCUAAGUAUCAACAAGGCUCUCUCACACUGGGAAAAGCGGGCGGUAUUGAUGACGAAAAUGCGGAAGGUGGCGGGGAGUGGAUUGGCUCCGAUGAUGAUACUUUUCCCUCGCUCGAGAAGCUUCAUUUGCAAGGAUCACAGACGAUGAAGGGAGAAGUGACCAAUCUUGAUUCAGAUGCGGACUCAGACUCAAGCUCAGAUUCAGAGACAGAUUCAGACGAAGAGGUCGAGGACGAAUUUGGCUCUUCCGACGAAGAGGCACAACUCGCCUCUGUAGCAACAUCUACGAAAAUCACCCACUUACUUGCAAUCCUCGGCAAGGAAGCAGCCAAACACAAAUUCAUUGUCUUCUCUCAAUUCACGUCAAUGUUGGAUCUCAUCGAGCCAUUCUUACGACAGAGAGGCUUCAAGUUUACUCGAUACGACGGCAAGAUGAGGAAUGAUCUUCGUGAAGCCAGCCUUGCUAAGUUGCGCAACGACAAGAAUUGCCGAAUUUUGCUUUGCAGUCUCAAAUGCGGAUCUUUGGGUCUUAACCUUACUGCUGCCACUCGAGUUGUCAUCCUUGAACCAUUUUGGAAUCCUUUCGUUGAGGAGCAGGCAAUUGACAGAGUCCAUCGCCUCACUCAGAAGAUCGACGUCGUCGUCUACAAGAUUACUAUCAAGGACUCGGUGGAAGAGAGAAUCCUAGAUCUACAGGAGAAGAAGCGCGAGCUUGCAAACCAGACUAUUGAAGGUGGUAAGGGUGGUGCAGGUAAGCUUGGCAUGAAGGAGAUCUUGCAGCUGUUCAGACGUGAUGCUGAGCAUGCACCACCUCAUCCUUCUGCCGCCCAGUAUGACUUAGGUGCCAAGCCAAGAAUCUUGAAGGAAGUCUCCACGUCGAGCAGUGCGGGUUCGAGUAGAGAGGGGUCGGUGGACAGAAAGGUUAUACCUCCUACAAUUAGACCAGCCAGUGCGGCUGCCAAGGAGAAUGAUGUGUUUGGUAGAAGAUGGUGA